GACGGAAGGGAGGAGGGGGCUGGGUGGGGUGGGGGUGACAGGCAGAGAGGAGCCUGGUCAACAAGCCAGCACCGCUCUGCUAGGAGGCCAGGCCGGCUCGCAGCCGACGCAUCCUGUGUGAGGAGACACACAUAGAUUGCUUUCUUGGGGGCUCUUUGUCAGCCACCAACACAAGGAACACACACUGACACACACGUACACAAAGAUCUGAGCCAGGUUGUGGGAGGUAAGUGGGGGAAGGAGAAGGAGGGGGAAACAGUGUCUGGAGGGCUUCGGGGUGGAGGGGAGGGGGAAUGCGCCCUAAGGGGCUCUGGGGGGCUGGUGAGGUGAGCAUUUCCAAGGCUGUUUGCUUGUGUGGUGGUGGUGGGGACACACGAUGACCUUCCCCUCCUCAGAAAGACCUCAAAGGGAGAGGUAACCCCCAGUGAGAUCCCCCUGGUGCUGAUGAUUUUCAGGGACUUGUUGGCAACUCAGCGAGGGUUGCCAUAGCUUUUUUAUGUAGGGUGACCAGAACCGGCUGAAACUGGUUUGAGGCAGAUCAGCUCCUGAACACAAUGCAGUCACUGAGCUACUACAGUGGGAUAGCAGCUUCCUCCCUUCAUGGCAGCCAAAAGCAGAGGAGCUUGCAGGAAGGUGCCAUCCCAACACAGUAUGUGAAUGCACACUUAGACACCACACAGCACUGGGUAUGUUCUGUUUUGUGCUUUUCCUUUUAGAAGCUACUAAAGGGUGUUUGGGAUACUUCUGACUAUUAUGAAGGCCAAAAGGCCUGUUGACUGGGGCUGCUUUUAACCCUUUCAUAUUUGCAGAGAAUGCAACCGUGUGACAGUAACUGAACACUGAUCCAAAGUCUUUCCAAAAGGUCAAGGUUCACAAGAACAUCUGAUCAAAUUCAUGACCAUGGGGGAUAUGAAGACCCCAGACUUUGAUGACCUCCUGGCAGCAUUUGACAUCCCAGAUAUGGUCGAUCCCAAAGCAGCUAUUGAGUCUGGACAUGAUGACCACGAAAGCCACAUUAAGCAGAAUGCUCAUGUGGAUGAUGACUCUCAUACACCAUCAUCUUCUGAUGUCGGUGUCAGCGUGAUUGUUAAGAAUGUUCGGAACAUAGAUUCCUCUGAGGGUGGGGAAAAAGAUGGCCACAAUCCCACGGGUAAUGGCUUACAUAAUGGGUUUCUCACAGCAUCUUCUUUGGAUGGUUACACUAAAGAUGGAGUGAAGUCCUUGAAAGGAGAUGGGUCUACCUCAGAGGUGACUCUAAAGGACUCAGCAUUCAGCCAGUUCAGCCCAAUAUCAAGUGCUGAAGAGUUUGAUGAUGAUGAGAAAAUAGAGGUGGAUGACCCUCCUGAUAAGGAGGAUGUGCGUUCAAGUUUCAGAUCAAAUGUGUUGACAGGGUCAGUUUCCCAACAGGACUAUGAUAAACUAAAGGCACUUGGGGAAAAUGCAAGCAAAACUGGAAUCUCUACAUCAGGCAAUAUGGAUAAAAAUAAAGUAAAGAGAGAAACAGAAACAAAUUCCAUAAAUCUGAGUGUUUAUGAACCAUUUAAAGUCAGAAAAUCAGAAGAUAAGUUGAAGGAAAACUCUGAAAAGAUGCUUGAAAACAGGGUCCUUGAUGGGAAACUCAACUCCGAGAAGAGUGAUACCAACCUUGCUGGCGUCACAUCUAAGACAAAGUCAUCUUCUAAACUCUCCUCAUGCAUAGCUGCCAUCGCAGCACUGAGUGCCAAAAAGGCAGCUUCAGACUCCUGCAAAGAACCUGCAGCCAGUUCCAGGGAAUCCUCUCCAUUACCAAAAGAAGUAAAUGACAGUCCAAGAGCCACCGACAAGUCUCCCGAAUCCCAGAGUCUCAUCGAUGGCACCAAGAAAGCUUCCUUGAAGCCACCGGAUAGUCCUAGGAGCGUCUCAAGUGAGAACAGCAGUAAAGGCUCCCCAUCCUCUCCUGCAGGAUCCACUCCAGCAAUCCCCAAAGUCCGCAUCAAAACCAUUAAGACGUCUUCUGGGGAGAUCAAGAGAACAGUGACUAGGGUUUUGCCAGAAGUGGAUCUUGACUCUGGGAAGAAGCCUUCUGAGCAGACAGCGUCUGUGAUGGCCUCUGUCACAUCCCUUCUGUCAUCUCCAGCAUCAGCAGCCGUCCUAUCUUCUCCCCCCAGGGCGCCUCUCCAGUCAGCCAUGGUUACCAAUGCAGUUUCCCCUGCAGAGCUGACCCCCAAACAGGUCACCAUCAAGCCUGUGGCCACUGCUUUCUUGCCUGUGUCUGCUGUCAAGACAGCAGGGUCCCAAGUCAUCAAUCUGAAGCUUGCUAACAACACAACGGUGAAAGCCACAGUCAUAUCUGCUGCCUCUGUUCAGAGUGCCAGCAGUGCCAUCAUUAAAGCCGCCAACGCCAUUCAGCAGCAAACCGUUGUGGUGCCGGCAUCCAGCCUGGCCAAUGCCAAACUCGUGCCAAAGACUGUGCACCUUGCCAACCUUAACCUUCUGCCUCAGGGUGCCCAGGCCACCUCUGAACUCCGCCAAGUGCUAACUAAACCUCAGCAACAAAUAAAGCAGGCAAUAAUCAAUGCAGCGGCCUCACAACCACCCAAAAAGGUGUCUCGAGUCCAAGUGGUGUCGUCCUUGCAGAGUUCUGUGGUGGAAGCUUUCAACAAGGUGCUGAGCAGUGUCAAUCCAGUCCCAGUUUACAUCCCAAACCUCAGUCCUCCCGCCAAUGCGGGGAUCUCAUUACCAACGCGUGGGUACAAGUGCUUGGAGUGUGGGGACUCCUUCGCGCUAGAAAAGAGCCUGACCCAGCACUAUGACAGGCGUAGUGUGCGCAUUGAAGUAACGUGCAACCAUUGUACAAAGAACCUUGUUUUUUACAACAAAUGCAGCCUCCUUUCCCAUGCUCGCGGGCAUAAGGAAAAAGGAGUGGUAAUGCAGUGCUCCCACUUAAUUUUAAAGCCAGUCCCAGCAGAUCAGAUGAUAGUGUCUCCGUCUAGCAAUACUUCCACUUCAUCUCUCACUCUGCAGAGCUCUGUGGGAGCUGGCACACACACUGUAACAAAAAUCCAGUCUGGCAUAACUGGGACAGUCAUAUCAGCUCCUUCAAGCACACCCAUCACCCCAGCCAUGCCCCUAGACGAAGACCCCUCCAAACUCUGUAGACACAGUCUCAAAUGUUUGGAGUGUAACGAAGUCUUCCAGGACGAGACAUCACUGGCUACACAUUUCCAGCAGGCUGCAGAUACAAGUGGACAAAAGACUUGCACUGUCUGCCAGAUGCUGCUUCCUAACCAGUGCAGUUAUGCAUCACAUCAGAGAAUCCAUCAGCACAAAUCUCCCUAUACCUGUCCCGAGUGUGGGGCCAUCUGCAGGUCGGUGCACUUCCAGACCCACGUCACCAAGAACUGUCUGCACUACACGCGGAGAGUUGGUUUUCGAUGUGUACAUUGCAAUGUUGUGUACUCUGAUGUGGCUGCACUGAAAUCUCACAUUCAAGGCUCUCACUGUGAAGUCUUCUACAAGUGCUCUAUCUGUCCAAUGGCAUUUAAGUCUGCCCCGAGUACACAUUCCCACGCCUACACUCAGCAUCCUGGCGUCAAGAUAGGAGAACCAAAAAUAAUCUAUAAGUGUUCCAUGUGCGACACUGUGUUCACCCUGCAAACCUUGCUGUACCGCCACUUUGACCAGCACAUUGAAAACCAGAAGGUGUCUGUUUUCAAGUGUCCAGACUGUUCUCUUUUAUAUGCACAGAAGCAACUUAUGAUGGACCAUAUCAAGUCUAUGCAUGGAACAUUGAAAAGUAUCGAAGGGCCUCCCAACUUGGGCAUAAACUUGCCUUUGAGCAUUAAGCCUGCAACUCAGAAUUCAGCAAACCACAACAAAGAGGACACCAAGUCCAUGAAUGGGAAAGAGAAAUCGGAAAAGAAGUCUCCAUCUCCUGUGAAAAAGUCGGCAGAAUCCAAGAAGGUGGCCAGUCCCGGGUGGACGUGUUGGGAGUGUGACCGCCUGUUCACACAGAGAGAUGUGUACAUCUCCCACAUGCGGAAGGAACAUGGGAAGCAAAUGAAGAAGCAUCCUUGCCGCCAAUGUGACAAGUCUUUCAGCUCCUCCCACAGCCUGUGCCGCCAUAAUAGGAUCAAGCACAAAGGCAUCAGGAAAGUUUAUACCUGCUCGCACUGCCCCGACUCCCGGCGGACCUUCACUAAGCGGCUGAUGCUGGAGAAGCACAUCCAGCUGAUGCACGGAAUCAAGGAUCCGGAUGUGAAAGAAAUGACUGAAGCCAGCAAUGAGGAAGAAACCGAAAUAAAGGAAGACACCAAGGUCCCCAGUCCCAAGCGGAAGUUGGAAGAACCGGUUUUAGAGUUCAGACCUCCCAGAGGAGCCAUCACUCAACCACUGAAAAAGCUCAAGAUCAACGUGUUCAAGGUUCACAAGUGUGCGGUGUGCGGCUUCACCACUGAGAAUCUGCUGCAGUUCCAUGAGCACAUCCCCCAGCACAAGUCGGAUGGCUCGUCCUACCAGUGCCGGGAGUGUGGCCUCUGCUACACAUCCCACGUCUCCCUGUCCCGGCACCUCUUCAUCGUGCACAAGCUCAAGGAGCCCCAGCCAGUGUCCAAGCAGAACGGGGCUGGGGAGGACAGCCAGCAAGAGAACAAGCCCGGCCCUGAGGACGAGGCCCCGGACGGCCCUACAUCAGACAGGAAGUGCAAGGUGUGUGCAAAGACCUUCGAAACGGAAGCUGCCUUAAACACGCACAUGCGGACACACGGCAUGGCCUUCAUUAAGUCCAAAAGAAUGAGUUCAGCCGAGAAAUAGCCACAGAUGUUCUGUAAGCAAAAUCCCCAUCCACAUUGGAAUUAAAAAAACAUUUUUGUUACAAAAAGUUUGCAGUGUAAUAGAGUUAACAGUACUGUCUAGGCUGUUGCAAUAUAUUUCCUCUCAGUGUAUCUUCUUCACCUGUCGGAUUAUCUCCUCCAUAAGUAUUAUGACAGUAUUUGAGUUUAAAAGAGUUUGUAUAUAUUUAAACGAAUAACUUUUUAUACUCUUUGUUACAUGUUUGUAUCAGUAUUUAGUGGAAAAUGUUUUGAGUUUUUUGGGUUAGAAUUUUUCUUUUUGUACUGUUUCUUUAAAACAGAGUUCUUAGGGGCAGUUCCUGACUUCAGACAAACCAUUUUGUAUGUUACAGAUUUGAAUAGGUUCGCUAAUCAGAGGCUAACAUAAUGCCUUUUUAGGGUUUUUAAGUUUUAGAACUCACUACAUAAAUUGUAGGUGAUCGUGGGUCUCAACAACACUAGGAACUUCUAAGUGUCUUAGCACUACUCCCAGUGGGCCUGACUCGAGAGCAGGGGUGGCUGGGACAGCUGCACUCCAGGGUGGGCAUGGGGUGGUGGGUUGGCUCAGGCCGCACCAACCCAGCACCCAACCCAGUGUGUUUAAAGCAGCCUUGCAGGGACCUUCUUCCCAGCAGUGGACAGAACAGGCCAGGAAUCCAGUAAGGAGUGUGGAUUUGCUUAUUUCCAUCUUGCGAAAUGGGGAAGAAGGGAAUUCUGAAGGGAAAAAAAUGAGGCUGAUAGAGGCUGACUUAAGAGCACAAGGAGAUAAAGCUUUGAAAGGGCUAGACUACUGUAAAAGUUACAAAUAUGUAGUUAGACCAGUAGAUGUCUAGUCAGGUUUUUGUCCUGUAACUUAUUAACUAUAACACAGUUAAGAAUAUCAAGUACUUCUCUGGCUCUUGACAGGAAAAAAAGUCACAGUUGACCUAACCCUUUGCUGUCUAACCAGUUGGCGUUUCCUGUUCUGGGUGCUACUGCCAAACGUUCUGGUACUUAGAGUUGGGAUGCACAACUUUAACCACCGACUUAUUAAAGCAGCAGUCUGCACAUUGCAGUUGGCCAUUAGAUGAAGCACUGAGCCACCUGGGUUUCAUUUAGUCAUUUCAGUAAGUACAGCUCACAUCCGUAGUUCUGCGUAUUGAAGCAUCGGCGAGGUACUCUUCUGUCCCUUCUGUUUGUAGUUCUCUGGCAGAGUUAUAUAUAUGUUUGGGGUUUUUUGUUUUCUUUUGGUUAUUGUUUUGUGGUUUCUUUUGCAUUUUAUAUCUUGUAUUUAUCCCUGAACGUGUUUUGUACUUUUUUUUUUUGUAAGUAAAGAAAUUCUUUUGUGUAUAUAUAGAUACUUGCAUGAUAGAAUGUAGUUGGUGUUCGGUUCCUCAGAAGGUCUUGCUGCUGUCAGGUGUUACACACUACAUCCAUCAUAACUGUAUUAAACACAUUUCAUAUGUAAAUAAACGUGGGACAUUUGGCCCUUGUG